AUGAGAGCAAAGGAAAACCAAAACCGCUCUGGGGUCCAUACUGGGCAUAUAUGCGUAGCUCUCCGAGUUCGGCCGUUAUUAGUUAACGAAGCAGAUCGCGGUGAAACGGAAGUGAUCACGAUCAUACCCGUAAAACAAUCCUCCCCAUCAUGCUCGCUAGCUGAGUCGUUUCCCAUCGACCGAAGUCCUCGAAGACACUUGGCCACUCCGCCGGCCGCGUUUAAACAGACAAAUCAAGCAAAGAGCCUGCUUCUACAGCAAUCGCAAUCCAGUGAGAAGGAAAUCGAUAAGAAGAAAGAGAAAAAUUAUAGCUCAAAGGGGGGUGCACACUAUGCCGCACAGGUUCAUCUUUCUGCAACGUAUCAAAGGCAGAAGGUGCAUCCGCAGACAUCAUCGAUAGGCCAGCUGAGGGAUUCUGAGCCUACUAGCGAGGUAUUCGCUUUUGACGCAGUGUUAGGCCCAGGUGCCACACAGACAGACGUCUUUGAUCUACUUCAAUUAUACACAUACUGUGACGAUGCGAUGUUGGAAGGUAAGGCUGCUGCUAUUGUGUGCUAUGGCCAAACCGGUAGUGGCAAGUCUUUCACCAUGAGUGGUCCUCUUGCAGCUCCAAAUGGCGACCACGGUGUCAAUUCUGAACUUCAAAGGGAUGAUUUUCAGCAAGAUGUUGGCGGAGGGAGGAGAGGAGCUGUUCUAAUAGAGGAGAGUGGAGUUGCCUAUCAAGCAGUUCUCUAUAUCGCGGAUUGCCUUAAGAAGAUGCAACAGUCUACGCAUUCUGAUUCCGGUCUGCGGUUAGUUGCACGGGCGUCUUAUAUGGAGCUGUAUCAAGAGCGUAUUCACGAUCUUUUGCAAGGACAGCGUGACCUCAGGUGUCGUUGGUCAGCGGAACGCCGAGCAUUUUAUGUUGAGGACUUGCUUCAGGUAGAAUGCCGUACAAAAGAAGAUUUUCUUUUAGUAUUGCGAGAGGGGCAGUCCCGUCGACAACAGGCUGGACACAUGCUCAACGCUACCAGCAGCCGCUCCCAUGCGCUCUUUACCAUAAACUUUGAAACAACCACUGCCCAUUCACGAACCGAGACUACCCAUUGCGGUUCGUACACCCGCUACGGAAAGUUGACUUUGGUCGACUUAGCAGGUUCUGAGCGCCUUAAGGAUACUGGCAAUGCUGCCAGUGAUGAUACAAAAGCUAUCAAUCGUUCUUUGUUUGCAUUGAGUAACGUCAUUCAAGCCUUAUCUUUGGCAGAACCUAUGAAUAACGGUACUAGUUCCAAGAAGAAGAAUCCCUCAGUCCUCUCAGGCAAGAGGACGGGUUCUUCCUGUUCAAUAAAUAGCACAAAUGACACGUCUCCUAACGAAAACGCUAAAGCUGGUUUGCAUAAGGGCUCCUUUGUGUCGUAUCGUUCAAGUGUGUUGACGAAACUGCUGAUGGAUAGUCUGGAGGGAAACAGUCGCACGCUUUUUAUUAUUUGUGUUACGCCGUCGAGCCGUUUCGUUGAUGAGUCGCUGCGUACUUUGCACUUUGCUCAGCGCGUUCGGCAGAUUCGGAGUGUAGCCGUGGAGCGUGUUGAUUCGCAUGUCAAAGAGCGACGUGAUUUCUUGCGCACCAUUACCCAACUAAAGACAGAAAACGGUAUGCUUUGCGCUGCCUUGGGUAUUCCAUCCAACGCAAAGCGGCCACUAAAUAAGGAGCUUGUGAAGCAGCACAUUGAGCAGCUGGUUGCUCAUGCUCGUGGCAUAUGCAAGCACCAUCUAACUGCUGAAGGUGUUACAAACGAAUCAUCGCUGAUUCGAAAUAGUAAAUCCUGCCAGGCUUCCUUCCCAUCUGACUUCGUCAAUUUCUGUCACGAAACCACUGAGGUACAGAAGAUGCAGCGCCGUGAUAACAAGGCCAACGUUGGCGAAAUAAGUGAUCCAGGCGGUUUUCAUGUGCCAGAAUUGGACUCACAGCAGUUACCUCAGUUGCUGCCGCCAGUGCAGCGUUUUCGUCCAUUUUCUUCACUCCAGUAUCAAGAAUUUAAUGAUGAAGACCGAUUUGAUCGAAUUGGAAGCCGAUGCGCUCCGACUCCACAGCAGGGGUGCAACGCCUUGGAUAUUUUGAGAAACCUACCUGAUACAACGUCCACUGUGUUUACUAAGACACGAAGACAAGUGGUAUCAACACAACAUUUAGAUCCUGCUUAUGAAACAGGCGCAAAGGGUGAGAGAAUCGCGACUAGUGCUAAUGCCUUUCAGAAGUAUGGCUUUCGUCCUCGUGAACGUCGGUAA